AUGCCCAACGACUUGCCCGUUGCUCAGGGUGCUCCUCCUGCUGGCGGACUGAAACCCCUGUCUGAACGCAUCCUCCCACCCGAGUUCUAUGACUCGUUCAUUACAAAGCGGUCGAAGGAGAGGAUUGAGGACCCCAUUCGCAGCAGGCUUCAACUCGAAGACCGCCCCGGGACCAUCUCCAUGCUCGCAGGAAAGCCCAACCCAGAAACAUACCCAAUGACGUCGUUACAGUUCACUCUGCGCGACCCCGUUACGAACCAAGAGGUGCCUAUCGCUCUCACCGAGAUAGAGCUGGAGCGUUCGUUGCAAUACAGUGGGAGCAAAGGGAUACCCGAGUUCCUCGAAUGGCUAGUUGGCUUACAGGAGUUUAGCCAUGGUCGCAAACCGGGCGAAGGCUGGGAUCUUUCGUUUGGAGCGGGAUCGUCGGACCUGAUUCACAAGGCUAUUCUUGCACUACUUGAGGAAGGCGAUUCUGCAAUCAUCGAAAGCCCUGUAUAUGCCGGAGUCUUUCCUGUUCUCCAUGAGGCGAAAUGUGAUCUCAUCGAACUCAGCGGCGAUGAGAAUGGAAUCGACACGGUUGCUCUGCGCAAGACACUGGAGAACUGGCCCAAGAACAAACGUAAGCCCAAGCUGCUCUAUACUAUCCCUUUUGGAUGCAAUCCCACUGGGGUCACUUCGACAAUCGAGCGACGUCUUGAGGUUCUCGGGCUUGCCCGGGAGCAUAACUUCCUCAUAUUCGAAGAUGACCCCUACUACUACCUCUACUUCGGCAGCGCACCGCGACCCCCGUCGUACUUCGCGCUAGAAGUGGAUCAACCAGAAGUGGGUCGCGUGGUUCGGCUUGACAGCCUGUCCAAAGUGCUGUCCGCGGGGAUGCGUAUCGGAUUCCUGUCCGCGCCACAAGUCAUCUCAGAUGCGGUUCUCUUGCAUACGAUGGGCUCCAAUCUACAGCCCCCGACAUUCACCCAGGUGAUCUCCUGGAAACUGCUCAGCACCUGGGGAUACGCUGCCUACCAACAGCACGUCUACCGCGUUGCCGAUUUCUAUCGGACCAAACGCGACGAGUUCGCACGACUGAUGGACAAGCAUCUCACCGGCCUCGCUGAAUGGACCAUCCCUGAGGCGGGCAUGUUCUUCUGGUUUAAGUUGUUGCUUGAUGGAGGCGAUGAAGGCGACUCCGAGGCACUCAUCCGAAAGGAGGCGCUCGAGGGCGGCAUCCUGGCGCUCCCUGGGACGGUCUUCUUGCCGUCGGGGGGCAAGACUGCGUAUGUGCGCGCGUCGUUCAGUCUGUUGCCCGAGACCAUGGUGGAUGAGGGGCUGCGUCGCCUUCGGGUGGUCCUUUUGAAGGCCCGCGGGGAAGCGUGA